AGGGGCUCGGGGGUGCGGCUCCUCCGCCGGCUCCCCUGGCCUCCCCGAGGGUGAGCCCUGGUUCAGCCGCCUGGCCGUGCCCCCAGAGCUGAUCGUCACGGCGGGCGGGGAGAACGUGCCCCCGCUGCCCAUCGAGGAGGCGGUGAAGACGGAGCUGCCGCUCGUGAGCAGUGCGGUGCUCAUCGGCGACCAGAGGAAGUUCCUGUCCAUGCUGCUCACCCUGAAGUGCACGCUGGACCCGGACACGUGCGAGCCGACCGACACGCUGACGGAGCAGGCGGUGGAGUUCUGCCAGCGGGUGGGCAGCAGGGCCACCCGGGUGUCCGACAUCGUGGGCCGCAGGGACGAGGCCGUGUACCGGGCCAUCGAGGAGGGCAUCCGGCGGGUGAACGGGAACGCGGCCGCCCGGCCCUACCACAUCCAGAAGUGGGCGAUUCUCGAGAGGGACUUCUCCAUCGCGGGCGGAGAGCUGGGCCCCACGAUGAAGCUGAAGCGGCUGGCCGUCCUGGAGAAGUACAGAGACGUCAUCGACUCCUUCUACCUGGAGUGAGGGCGCCCAGGCCCCCAGCCCCCCUGCUCUGCGGCCGGGCGGGGCUGCUGGCCGCUGUGAGGCCCGGGGGCCCGGCAUCCCCUUCGCGGGCCUCGGGCCAAGUAGCCGGCCGUUCCGAGAAGCUUCCGUGUCCGUAGUUCUAGUUGUAGUGUCGCUGUGUGUUCAGGUGACAGACCAGCUCCCCUUCCAGAGUGAAGGGCCAGUAGCAGCGGGCGGGGAGGAGGGGGGAGCGGCUUCUGUUACGGCUGCAGGGGAAGCCUCGGCUGCCACUCACUCGCUCUGGAAUCUGCCGGGCGGCCAGCCCAUCACCCGCCCAGGGCUCCCCAGCAUUCACCCUUCCUGGCCGCUCCUAGAGCUGCCGCCGCCGCCUGUGAGCCCUUAACGUGUGACUCGGAUAUUAAACUUCUUAACCCAACUGUCA